GUGUCUCUCUUUCGUCCAGGUGAUCCAUCAUGACAUCUGAAGCAGAUGAAGGAUUCGAGCACCUCAUUGACAGCACCAGGUUCAAGCUGAAAGGUAAAAUAGCCGUGGAACAGGUGCUGCCUUAUUUACACUUUCUCGACCAGGAGUGUAAAGAUCGGAUCAAGCAGAAGUCAAUCACAGACGGUGACAUCGCAGCGGCAGAUUUGCUCCUAAGCACCGUGAUUGAGAGGCCUCAUAAGCAGGGAUGGUUCUGGGCCUUCAUCGAUGCCUUGGCUCACGGAGGCUCGGAGCUCGCGGCGGAUUACCUGACGAAGCCUCCGAAGCCAGAAGAGGAGGCUGAGAAUGACACCUGCGUGGAACUGAUCCGGCUUCUGGCCCCCAGUCUGUCAGAGAUGAAGACGACAGUCGUCUGUGGCGCCUGUUAUUCGGCAGAGCUGCUCACCGUUGAUGACAAUGAGAAAAUUUUAGCGGUGACAAACAACGAGGGAAACAGGAGGGGGGCUCAGGAACUUCUCAAAAGGAUCAUAAGACGUCGACCUCCUUGGUUCUCACAAUUCCUCCAAGUUCUUCGGGACGCUGAGGAAGAUAAAGUGUACCGUGAGCUGACUGGGUCAGGUAUAAAUGAGGAAGCCUCUGCACCAAAACAAGAGCCUGCACAGAGUGAACCUGUAGGAGAGGAGAAUUCUGAAGCAAAAGAAAGAAAUGGAAUCCAGGAAAUUCAGGAAGAACCAGCAGAUCUCUAUUUAGAUCCUGACCUGCCGCAGAGUGAGGAGCGCUCCCAACCAGAUGGAAGUGCUUCUGCAGCAGCAGCAGGAGAGGCCAGCUCCCCAGAAAAACCUGAGAUCUCUCUUUGGGAUUAUCAGAUGGAAGUCGCGAAACCUGCCUUGGAGGGAAAAAACAUCAUCAUAUGCCUCCCGACAGGAAGUGGUAAAACCAGAGUCGCGGUCUAUAUUACCAAAGAACAUCUGGACAGCAGGAAGGCGGAGGGAAAGCCGGGGAAGGUGGUUAUCCUGGUGAACAAGGUUCCUCUGGUUGAGCAGCAUCACUCCAAAGAGUUCACUCCCUAUCUGAAGCAUUUGUACAAGGUGGAGAGAGUCAGUGGAGACUCCCAGCUGAAAAUCUCUUUCGCCAAGACUGUACAAAGAAAUGACAUCAUCAUCUGCACGGCCCAGAUUCUGGAAAACUACUUGGAAAUUGCAAACAGUGGAGUGGAUGAAGGAGUGAAGCUGAGCGAUCUGUCACUCAUGAUAAUUGACGAGUGCCACCACACUCAGAAAGGAGAGGCCUACAACCACAUAAUGAUGCGCUAUCUGAAGCAGAAGCACAAGAACAAAAAACUCCAAAAGGAGCAGAAGGAGACGGUGCCCCUCCCUCAGAUCCUGGGUCUGACCGCCUCACCGGGGGUUGGACGGGCCACAAAGCUGGAGAAAGCCAAGGAGCACAUACUCCGAAUUUGUGCAAACCUAGAUGCUUCCCAAAUCAUGACAAGGAGCCUCGGGGAUUUUAAAAGAGAACCAAGAAAAGCAAUUCAGACCGUUGAAGACAGAAAACAAGAUCCGUUUGGCGAUGUGAUCAAAAGAAUCAUGCAUGAAAUUCAUCUUCACGCCCAGCUGAACCCCACUGGUGACCUGGGCACUCAGGUGUAUGAACAGUGGUCUGUUCAGAAAGAACGACAAGCUGCAAAGGAGGGAGAUCAGAAAGUGCGAGUUUGUGCUGAAUAUCUCCGGCAGUACAACAACGGCCUGAUGCGCUGCAACAUCCUUCGAAUGCAAGACGCCCUCAGCUUCCUGAAGAAUUACCAUGAAGAGCAAAAUAAGAAGAAAAGUUCUCCAGAUGAGGAGCAAAACAUACAAAUAACCGACACAGAGAGAUUUCUCUUCAAGCUCUUUAACGAAAACGAGAAAGAGCUGGCAGAUCUGGCAAAGAAUCCAGAAUAUGAAAAUGACAGCCUGUCAAAGCUGAGAACCAUAAUCCUGAAGGAGUUCAGCAGCAGGAAGCAGGCCACAGGAAUCAUUUUCACCAAAACACGCCACAGUGCCAUUGCUCUAAACCAGUGGAUUCAAGAAAAUUCUAAGUUUGAUGACAUUGGAAUUAAAUCUGCAUAUUUGAUUGGAGGAGGAGACCAGAGUGAUGUUAAACCAAUGACCGCUGCAGAACAGAAGGACGUGUUGAAGAAAUUCAGUACUGGUGAAGUAAACUUGUUGGUGGCAACAACUGUGGCAGAAGAAGGCUUAGACAUUCCUAAGUGCAAUUUUGUAAUCCGAUAUGGUCACGUCACCAAUGAGAUUGCUAUGAUUCAGUCCCAAGGCAGAGGAAGAGCUGAGGACAGCAGUUACACCGUAGUUGAUGUCAAGAACUCCGGAGUAGCUGAGAGGGAAUGCGUCAACGAGCACCGCGAGGACAUGAUGCAUAAAGCCAUUGAGAAAAUUAAGGCUUUAAGUCCACAAGACUAUGACAAGCAGAUUACUGAGUAUCAGCUGCAGGCCAUAAUGGAAAAAAGAGUGAGAGAACACCGGCAGAACAAGAAAGUCAUAAAGAAUGAGAGUCCGUCUGCUGUGAAGUUCAGCUGCAGACACUGCAACAAACAAGUCUGCACUGGAGAAGAAAUCAACAUCAUUGGAGACAUGCACAGAGUCAACAGCACAGUGGAAUUUAAGAAAUUAUUCAUACAGAGAGAAAAUUCUUCCCUGCUAGAACGACUAGUGGAUUAUGAGACCAAUGGCAUCAUAGCCUGCAAAGAUUGUGGUCAGUCUUGGGGUUCGAUGAUGAUGUUCCGAGGGAUUGAGCUGCCUUGCCUUCAUGUCAAGAAUUUUGUGGUUAAUAUCAAUGGGAAAAAUAUCAGCAACUGCACCAAGUGGAGCGACAUUCCCGUCAAGUUUCCUGCCUUUGACUACAGCGACUACGCCAGCCGGAUGGAGAUUGAUAGUGACGAAGAAACAAUUUGAGCAAAAAGGAAAAAUGAAUGCACUCAUUUUGUUAGAAUGUAUUUUUGAUCUUCCAAAAUGCUGUUUGCUAAUCAUAAAUCCCGAUUUACGAUUGAUAUAAAAGAACUGGAUAUAAAGCUGAUAAACUACAACUUAUUCAAAUAUUGACUCAUUUAUCUAGUAUUACUGGUUAUAAAAAAAUCUUCCAUAACUUUGGAUUUGAACAAACAAUGCACUUUUAAUAGUGGAAUUAAUUAUCACAUUAAAAAGUUACAGAAAAAUAGUUAAAUUUGGCCAAAAAAAUAAAUUAAUUAAAUUUUUAAAAAUGGGGAAAAAGGUUUAAAAUCUAGCUCUCAUGCUCUAAUCUUACUUUUAUGUUAAUAAAUGUUGAUUUUUUUUUUAAUGCUGUUGUGCAUGAUUUUGCAUGUUAUAUGUACAAAGGUUGAAUGAGACAGUUUCUUGGGAAUGAAAUGAACUGGAAAGUGAUCAAUAAAAGAAGAAAACGUU